AUGAUAGAAAACUUUGCGGAAACACAAUUAAAAAAAUAUGGCUGGUCUCAAGGUCAAGGUUUAGGGAAGAACUUUGAGGGAAGAAAAGAACCUAUAACAGUAAUAAAUAAAAAUGAUAUGCGUGGGCUCGGUGACAAUUCUGAAGAUUGGUCUUUUGAAUGGUGGGAUCGUGUUUACACCAAGACUUUAGAUAAUAUAAAAGUAUCAACAACUUUGGAUGGGGAUGUAAAUGUGUCCAAAGUUUCUAAAGAGGCAAUAAUCCCAAGGAAUCGAGCUGGAAUCAUUAGUACCGAGGAGUCAAUGUAUUCUCUUACUCUUCCCAGCUCGACGGAAAAUGAUAAAUCUCUCUCUUCAUCAACAGUAUCUGUUGCUAGACGCCCAUUUUUAUAUGAUAACUUCGUCAAGAGUCUGACUGGACCAUUAGACAUGGAUAGGAUAAACAAGCCAGCUACAAAACGGAUGGCAUCUAAUAAUUUGGACAGAGAUUAUGAUUCGAAUGAGGGAAAUAGACAUCCAAUUGAAGACUUACAAGAAGACAUGGCUAAUGUAAAGCCUAAAAUCGAACGAAAAAGUAAAAAAUCAAAAAGCAAGUCAAAUACCAAAAAAUUUAGAGGUUCAAUCGAAACCAAGAACAAAAAUAAAGCAAAAAAAAAAAAAAUAGAAAAAUAG